CUUAACACAAUCCGUGGUGAAAUGCCACGUUAGAUUGUGGAUACCUUGAUUGGACGUGCAUAUUCCAAUGGCGCGAGUGUUAUGACCUUGUAAUCCAGUCGCUCCUGCACUCACUCCGGAAAAGUUAUCGGUCUUUUUUGAGCUUCUUUGACCCGCUUUUCAUCAUUUAAUAACAAUUCUCAUCAAUCAUGGCACCUGCAACAGCAGCUGCACCGAAAGAAGAUAUCGCCGUUCCGACUAAAGGCGUAAAUGCCGUCCUUCUUGGGCCACCGGGUAGCGGGAAAGGGACUCAGGCGGUGGCCUUGAGGGAAAGGUACUGUGUGUGCCAUCUCUCAACUGGCGAUAUGUUGAGAGCUGAAAUCGCUUCUGGCUCUUCUUUGGGAGCUCAGCUCAAGGCAGUUAUGGACCAAGGAAAAUUUGUCAGUGAUGAUCUUGUAGUCAACAUGAUCGACAGCAAUCUUAACAAACCUGAGUGCCAGCGAGGCUUCUUGCUAGAUGGAUUUCCACGCAGUGUACAACAGGCGGAAAAACUGGACAAUAUCCUGGAAAAACGAAAAACGAAGCUCGACGCAGUUAUCGAAUUUGGAAUAGAUGAUAACUUGCUUGUGCGCAGAAUAACUGGGCGUCUAAUCCACCCAUCGAGUGGACGAUCUUAUCACGACGAAUUUUCGCCACCAAAGGUUCCCAUGAAGGAUGAUAUUACUGGAGAAGCUUUGAUUCGAAGGUCGGACGACAAUGCAGACACUUUAAAGAAGAGAUUGGCCACUUAUCACACCCAGACUGCACCAUUGGUCGACUAUUACGCAUUACGUGGUAUUCAUUAUCACGUGAACGCGGCUAAGUCCAGCGCAGAUGUAUUCAAAGAUAUAGAUUCGAUUUUCCGUCAAGCGACGACGGUUAAAGAGAAGAAGAGCAAAGGAUUUUUUAGUAACUUCUUCUAAGCAUACCAUUUGCUGUUGUUAUGUUAUGCAUAAAUGCAAGCAAUAUAUCAUAGAAUCGUGUGAUGCUCGAAUACUGUCGUUAAUCGCGUCACUAAUCAUUGUUAACAACAUUAUCGUUAUCGAUCAAUUUCAGAUAUGAAUGAUCGAUCUGGCUUUGAUAGGAUUAAGCUGUAAUUAUCGGACACCGAUUUAGUGACGAAAUUACUUAUACAACCUGUUCGCCUGUAAUAUACAUAUCGUGUGAAACAUACAGAACAAAGUUUGUGGCCAAUGUUUCAUAAAUGGGGUUGCUUCCCGUUAUUGGUUGACGUUUUUAAUCAAAACUAUCGUUCGUUUAUUCGUAUUUUGAAGAUAUAUCCGUGGCGCUAUACUUUCUCCAACAAUUAACAUGCCCGAGCAUCAGAUGUCCGAAAAAUAUUAAAAAUAUUUAACGCUUUCCAAACUGCGUUCGAAAGAUUGUAACUCAAAUUAUAAUAUUUGUAGAUACUGUUUAAUAUAAUUUUAUACAUAUAAAGGUAAGUACGGGACGUAUGAAAACGGAAAAUAUAGAUACUCUUUUUUUGAAAAUGUCCCAGAAAACGUUUAAAAACACUCAGGAUAUUUAAUCAUUACUGGAACAUUAUUACGCACAUAAAUCACCGUUACUACACGUUACGGUCGUAUCGUCAAUCACAAAAAAUAAGCAUAGAAUCUGUUGAAUUUGCGUAAAUUGCGCCAUUCGUUUAUGUAUAUCGUAAAUUUUAUCA